UCGGUCUCGACGCCCUGUCUAAAACGUGUCGAACGCGCUCCGAACCCCUGACGUUGCUACGCAGACUCGGCAUAGACGGCCAGGCUUCAUCACUAUCCUAUCGUCCUGACUGCUGGACUCGCCAGGACCCGUUGAACCUCGAUAAUCCCGAGCGAAGCCGCCGGAAGUCCGCAAUCCCCCUUUCCUUGGAAAGGGUCGAUCUUUGCUAUGCUGAGGAAUCCACCUUGCUCUUCAUCCCAGCUGAUCAUGCGUCGGAUGAGCAGCAUCCACGCGAGAGCACUGAAUCGGACAGGCCAAUGUCUCGUCGGCCCUGGCACGCGUCGAUGUCCACCGUCCAACAGCAUGUCACUCAGUGGCUUACGUCCUUCUGCGUGCACCCAAAAUCAACGACAACCCUACUGUGACGGCUCACUCGACCCGAACGGAAAACAUGGAGAAGGACAGCACAGGCUUGCAGCGGCUAUUGACCUCGCGCAAACUGGCGCGGAUGACGUAUACACCGGUGUGGUCCGACUGAAAGAAGAUUACUUGGUGGAGAGUUUCGAUGUGACCAUCUCGAAUGCCGUAGAGCUGGCCAAGGCGUACGUCCCCAAAAUCCCGGGAUUUGGACAAUGGGGCAGGUCGUCGUUGGAGGUGAAAAUUGCGUCUCGCAUCCACAGGGCUUUCGUUGCGCUGCUAACUGUGCGAAUAAGAUUGUCCUCG